AUGUUGAGUUUCAUAUUUAAAGCUGAAAAAUUGUUAUAUAAGAAAAUUAUCAAAGAGUUAUCCGAUCAAUCUAGUAAAAAAUUUGACAACAACACCAAAACUUUAGAACAAUUAGAUCAUUGGCGAGACAAUGAAUUGCGUGAUAUAGUAAAGAAAAGAUAUGAUUUUGAACGUGGUGAAGCGUACUUAACUAAGGAUGAAGUUGUGAAUUUGAUGGAUUGGAAAUUAAGCAAAGGGAAAUUUCGCCCAACCUUGCCAAAAUUGAUUAGAUCAAAUUCAGAAGAAGAGGUUAAACAGUGUACUCAAGAGGGGUUCAAAAUAAUGACGAACUAUUUCAAAUCAUUACCUGAAAAAUCGUUUUGGUCAAAUGCCACAAGCAAAUACUGGGAUGAAUAUUUGACAGUAAUUAAGACUUCCAUGAAAAAAUUGUGUAAGUUGAGAGGAAUUGGACCUGCUACUGCCAGCUUAUUAUUAUCAUGUUUAUACAAAAUUGAUGAAGUGAGAACUCCUCCAUUUUUCAGUGACGAAGCCUUCAUGUAUUACGUGAUUGAUCCUUCACGCCCUAAUACCAAUAUAAAAUACAGUGUUAAAGAAUAUGUAGAGGAAUUCUUGCCUGUUUUAUUUCAGAUUGUGAAAACUGAGAAGGGAACGACAAAUUUUAAUGAUUUGGAAAAGGGUGGUUGGGCUUUAAAGUAUUAUAGUUUACAUUACGAUGAUAUUUUGGUAAGCGUGAGGAAUAUAUUUGAUCCAGAAAUUAAAGGUUGGGAUAAGUUUGCAAUGGAGUCGAGGCCAACUUUGAAACAAGACGACGAACAACAAGAAUCAAAACUGAGAAAAAGAAGAAAAACGAAGUAG